UUCACUCAUUGAUUUGAUUGGGUCUUCUCUUCUUCGCAUCCCUUUGUCCUCUCCAUCGGGACUCCAACAAUCGUCCACGUCUUCUUUCGUCGGCUCUCUCCCACACUGCCUGGCAUUUCCCUUCUGAUCUCCACUCGAACUCUUUCCCACCGCCAUGGAAAUCGAUCCUCCCCUCCCCAACGGCAACUCUCCAGCCGCCGCACCCCUCCCCGUCCAUCCUGCUUCUACCGUCACCACCCCCGCGCCGCCGUCGAACCUGGCGCAACUGACAGAAUCCUUGAAGCUUGAGCACCAGUUUGCCCGCGUCCCCUUCGAGCACUACAAGAAGACGAUCCGCGCUAAUCACCGCGCUGUCGAGAAGGAAAUCUCUUCCGUCGUCUCCGGCGUUAAUGAAGCCGCCGGUUCCGAUUUGACCAAGGACGACGCCGUCGAGCACCUCACCUCCCUCGUCUCCAGAUUGCAGGGACUCAAGAGAAAGCUGGAAGAAGGUAGUCGUACCGAGAACCUGCAAGCACAAAGGUGUCGAGCUCGUCUUGACCAUUUAGAAUCAGCAGAUGCUGAGAAUUUGACCGAAUGGAGCAACACGCGUCUGAAGCGAAUUCUUGUAGACUAUAUGUUGCGAAUGUCUUACUAUGACACUGCAACGAAGCUAGCUGAAAGCAGCAACAUUCAGGAUCUGGUUGAUAUUGAUGUAUUCCAAGAAGCGAAAAGGGUUAUUGAUGCUCUCCAGAAUAAAGAAGUGGCUCCUGCUUUAGCUUGGUGCGCUGAAAACAAGUCACGGUUGAAGAAGUCCAAGAGCAAAUUCGAGUUCCUGUUGAGACUUCAAGAGUUCAUAGAAUUUGUGAGAUCCGAUAAUCACAUGCGUGCCAUUGCAUAUGCUCGGAAAUAUCUUUCUCCAUGGGGAGCUACCCACAUGAAAGAGUUGCAGAGGGUCAUGGCCACUCUGGCUUUCAAGAGUGGUACUGUAUGUGCUGCAUAUAAGGUUCUUUUCGAGCCGAAGCAAUGGGACUAUCUGGUGGACCAAUUUAAACAGGAAUUCAGCAAAUUAUAUGGGAUGACUGUUGAACCACUGCUGAAUAUUUACCUACAGGCAGGGCUAUCUGCCCUGAAGACCCCGUAUCCACUUACUGCCAGUCAUUUAACUGCUUACUGUUUUCAAAAUAUAUCGUUUUUCCAUUACCUGUCAUUAUUGUUACCGGAUUUCCGAACCUUUUUUUGCACAAAGCAGAUUUCCACACAGAACGGCUGGAGAUAUUGCUAUGAUGAUGACUGCCCGAAAGAGGAUCCACUAUCGCAAGAGACCUUCCGCAAGUUAGCAUUGCCAUUACCCUACUCUAAGCAGCACCACUCAAAGCUCGUCUGCUACAUAACUAAAGAGCUCAUGGACACUGAGAACCCACCACAAGUCUUGCCCAAUGGCUAUGUCUACAGCACUAAGGCACUUGAAGAGAUGGCCAAGAAGAACUACGGUAAGGUGACCUGUCCAAGAACAGGACUGGUUUGCAAUUACUCAGAUGUGGUGAAAGCAUACAUUUCAUAAAUCAUGGAGAUCUACAGAAUCCCUUGAUCUUGUAAGAGUGCUUAACGACUUCCCAGUGAGAUUAUGUGAAUAUUAGUGCUGGGCCAUAAAACUUGCUGGACAACCUACUUCCCUGGGUAACUCCUCUUGUUCCUUUGCCUUACGAUUGGCGAUUGUCUCUGGAUACAUUACAUUGUAAAUAUUGCAUGUAUUGCUCAAAAGAAACCGAGUUUAUCUUCGAUCAGAAUAACCAAAAUCCAGAAUGGGAUUGAGGAGUAGUUAUCCCCCUUUUUCUGUUUCCUCUUCCUGAACAUUGUAGAUAUUGUUGUCCAGCCAGGUGAUGGAAUGUACUUCAACUUAAUAUAUCAUUUUGUUCUCUACAUCGGAUGCACUAGAUGCAACGAUGCGAGUCUGCGGUUUUGCAGUACAGCUUAGGAACUAAGCCAAAAUAAUGUACUAGCGGCAAUGAACUGAAUUUCUUCGAAAUUCGACGAUUAUGUGUUUACUAGGUACAACGAUAUCCUGAUUUCCAACCCGAGAACAUGAUUGUUAGGAAAUUUGUGAAAUCUGCAAAUCACUUUUCGUCAGGUACUAAGGUUAAUCAGGGAGUCGCACAAACUACAUUGGAUCUAUAAUUACUACUAACAAUAUUGGCAUCCACCCCCCAAGAUUCUUUGCAUUCUCCUGUAACUAGAUUUCCCGUUGUGAUCUCCCAGCCCCUAGGGCGCAGGCCGAUACUGAGCCGCCGUCCUAAGGAUGCAGGCAGAUUGUUAUCCACCAUGUGAACUACAUGUUUUAGAAAUGUAUCCGGAGAAUUUGUUUGUGGCAAGUGCUAGUUUCAACUUUCAAGUGUUGUAAGUAGGACGAUCCACCAUCUUCGCUACACCUUUGGACAACUUUUCACAAUAAUUCUCAAGCCACGCUGAAGCAGAUUUGAGAACGCGGAGCUCACCAGUGUGGAGGUCCAUUGCCAUUUGCCUUCGAAAUGAGUGUCUUCCAGAUGCAGAGACGACAAAACUCCGAGG